AUGUCGGCCACGGAGCUGGACAGGGCCUUGCAUGCCAGUGUGUUGAAACGGGAGGCGGCAAAGGAGGCCGAGUUCCGGGAAGCUCGUGCAAAGCACGAGGACGAGGUACGCCUUGGUUUCGGUGCAACGGACAUGACCAAGCAAGAGCUGCGGAAAAUCAUCGACAGUGACCGACGAAUGUAUUAUCGCUCAGAAGAGUUGAACGACAAACUGUUCAUCCACUACAAGGGCUGGAAAGAACUCAAGAAUCUUGAGGGCUGGACUGGCCUGAGGGCACUCUAUGGCGAGUGCAACGCCUUUGACCGCAUCAGUGGAUUAUCUCAAUGCCGAAACCUUCGAAGCCUUUUCUUGCAGGAGAACUGUAUUCACAGGAUACAAGGACUUGAGGGCUGUCCAUUGCUUUGGAAUCUCAACCUGAGCAACAACUUCAUUGAACGUAUUGAGGGGCUGUCACAGUUGAGAUCUUUGAACACCCUCACCAUCCAGAAGAACAAGAUUGGCUUUGCAGGUGUGGAAGAUGUUGUUCAUCUUGUGGACACCACGAUUUCCACGCUGGACCUGCAAGAUAACAAGCUUUGGGAUCCAGACAUUUUGCCCGAGGUCUUUGCCCGCAUGGCGGACCUGCGCGUUCUUUACCUCAAGGGCAAUCCUUGUGCCAAGAAGAUCCCAAACUACAGGAAGGGCAUCACGGCAGUCUGCCAGAACUUGAAGUACCUUGAUGACCGGCCAGUUUUUCCCGAGGACCGUCGGACCGCAGAUGCUUUCAAUCGUGGAGGCCUGGAGGAGGAAAGGGCAGAGCGGCGCAGAAUCAAGGAGGAGGAGAAUGCGAAACAUGAGCGCAACAUGAAGGCCUUCCAGGAGAUGAUUGAAAACGUUAGGAGAGAGAAGCGGGAAAGAGACGCCAUGCGUGUUGAGGACAAGUUCACCGAUGCCACUGACCCUGUAGUGACGCACGAUCAGCGCAUGCAGCAGCAGGUUGAGAAGUGGAAGGAGGAGAACGCCGAAGACCUGAAGGAUGAUGCACGCGAACAUGCAGAGAAGUGCUUGCGAAGCGAGCGAAGCGAGAAGGAGACAAGGAGUGCAGACAGCGAUGGUGGAGAAUCUCCUGUCUCCGGAGAAAUGGACUCCAAAGACGAAACCCAUCCCGAGCUCGCCGAGCUUGAGAGCGAAACACGAAAAGAAGAUCAGAGGAAGUUGGUCUACGAG